AUGUCGUACAACAACCUCACAGGAGCGCUUCCUGACGCUCUCAGCUCCGCUACCUCCCUCACCUCCUUCGCGGUGGCGUUCAAUCAACUGUCAGGCAACCUCCCUCCCGCCCUCGGCAAUCUCCCAUCGCUCUCCUUCCUGGACAUCCGCGGCAACGCCUUCUCAGGCUACCUCCCCCCCUCCUACUCCAACAUAGAGCAAUUCCUCUACGAUGGCGCCCUCCCCCCCGCGCCUGCAGGCCCCUCCGCCUCCCCUCCGCCGCCCCCCAUCCCGCCCCCGCCUCCCCCGUCCGUCCCCCCGCCGUCCCCUGUGCUACCUGGGUUCCCUGGGUCGGGGGAUGGAGGGGCGGAUGCUCCUGCUUCUCUCCCCUCCCCUCCUCAUCCCCCUGCUGCCCCGGGUUCCCUCGCGCCCCCCUCCUCUUCCUCCCCCCCCGCCAUUCCCCACGGAAAUCACUCCUCCCCCGCUCCUCCUGCGCCCCCCUCCCUUCCGCCUGUCCCCCCUGUAAACUUCCCGAACGGGUCCCACGUUGGGAACGAAACGGGCGGGAGAGGAGGAAAAGGGGGGAAACGGGGGGAAGGGGGAGGUUCGGGGGGAGGAGUGGGGGGAGAGGGGGAGGGGUAUUUCUACCUGGAUCCGUCAGUGCCUGAGAAUGAGACGCAGUCGCUGGUGCCGGUGCCGGUGGGGUGCAAGCCGUGUGCUGGGGGGAGUGUGGCAAGGAGGCAUAAGAAGCUGUGUAUGUGCUCGUACCCGCUGCUGCUGGAGGUUCAUCUGGGAAUGGAGUUCUCUAGGUUCAAUGACGUCACCAGAGAGAGCCUAGAAGAGCAGCUCGCACUGAGUCUGAACGUGAAUCAAACCCAAGUGGCUGUGUACGCCACACGUCCGGGGAGUGUCAUUGCCUCCUGCGCAGUGCUGCCGCCCGGCCGCACAGCAGCGCUGCCGGUGGGAGUGGCGGGGCAUGCAGUGGACGUGCUGCUGGGGAGGAGGAGGCAGCGCCUGGAGCUGUUUGGCAUGGGCGCUGUGAAGGUGCUGGCGGUGCGGCUGCCCGUGGUGGUGCUGGAUAGAAACGGAGGUACCGCCCAAGCUGCAGCCCCGGCAACCCCAGCAGCAGCAGUCGCCAGGGGGGGGGGGCGGGGGGUGGCAGUGCCAGGGGUGCGGAGAUUCGCCCUGGCGGAGCUGCAGAUGGCAACAGACGGCUUCUCCCCUCAUUUUUCCCGAAUUCCAUCUCCUUAUUCCCUCCUCCACAACCUCCGACUUACCAUCCCUGCCUCACUGCCUCCUCUACCCCUCCCCCCUUCCAAUCUCCUUCCCGUCACCCCAGCGCCCAAGCUGCAGCCCCGGCAACCUCAGCAGCAGCAGUCGCCAGGGGCGGGGAGGCGGGGGGUGGCAGUGCCAGGGGUGCGGAGAUUCGCCCUGGCGGAGCUGCAGAUGGCUACAGACGACUUCUCCCCACACACCAAGCUGAGGGACCACCCCCUGGGACCAGUUUACUGUGGGGAUUUGCCUGAUGGCACGAAACAUGCCUGCGAGGUGCAGAUGGCUACAGACGACUUCUCCCCGCACACCAAGCUGAGGGACCACCCCCUGGGACCUGUGUACUGUGGGGAUUUGCCUGAUGGCACGGUGAGUUGGUCUGGUGUGGGUGCUUUCAGGUGGGUUGGGAACAUGAUGGCAACGGGCGACUUUUCCCCGCACACCAAGCUGAGGGACCACCCCCUGGGACUUGUGUACUGUGGGGAUUGGCUGAUGGCACGCUUUGAGUGCGGUGCAGUGCGGUAUGGGGGCUUUGGGUCCGCUGAAACGGGCUUCUCCCCGCACACCAAGCUGCAGGACCACACUUUUGGGGAGGUAGCGGUGAGGAGGAUAGAGGCAGCAGUGGUAGAAGGCCAGUCAGACUCGGAUUUCGAGGCAGUAGCAGCCAACAUGGCACGGCUGCAGCACGCCCACGUGGUGCCGCUGCAGGGGUACUGCGUGGACGGAGGGGAGAGGAUGCUGGUGUUUGAGCACUUCCACCUGGGCAGUCUGUACGAGCAUCUGCAUGAUGGCAGCAGGAGCAUGCUCAUGACUUGGGAUACUCGUGUGAACAUCGCCGUCGGCUGCGCUCAAGCGCUAGAGUACCUGCAUGAGGAGUGUGUGCCGGCCAUAGUGCAUCGGGGCGUCUCAUCGCGCGCCAUCCUGCUGGACGACCACAUGAGCCCGCGCAUUGCCGAUGCCGGGCUGGCAGUGCUCAACCCCACCGACAAUGAGGCUCAGACACUAUCUGAGCAGCUGGUGGGGGGAUAUGCAUACAACGCACCCGAGUAUGCCAUGUCGGGAGUGUAUACGGCCAAGAGCGAUGUGUACAGCUUCGGAGUGGUGCUGCUGGAACUGCUUACAGGAAGAAAACCUGUUGACCCCGCCAAGCCCAAGUGGGAGUCCUCGUUGGUGCGAUGGGCUGCACCUCUGCUGCAUGAUGUGGUGGAGCUAGAGCGCAUGGUGGACCCAACCCUGGCUGGACCUGUACCUGAUCCGCAAGCUUCCCGUACCGCCUCCCUUCCCCCCCACACUCUACUCUCAGCGCCAAGCCCAAGUGGGAGUCAUCGUUGCGCCAAGCCCAAGUGGGAGUCCUCGUUGGUGCGAUGGGCUGCACCUCUGCUGCAUGAUGUGGUGGAGCUAGAGCGCAUGGUGGACCCAACCCUGGCUGGACCUGUACCUGAUCCGCAAGCUUCCCCCCCUCUGCUGCAUGAUGUGGUGGAGCUAGAGCACAUGGUGGACCCAACCCUGGCUGGACCUGUACCUGAUCCGCAAGCUUCCCGUACCGCCUCCCUUCACCCCCACACUCUACUCGCAGCGCCAAGCCCAAGUGGGAGUCCUCGUUGCGCCAAGCCCAAGUGGGAGUCAUCGUUGGUGUGGUGGGCAGCCCCUCUGCUGCAUGAUGUGGUGGAGCUAGAGCGCAUGGUGGACCCAACCCUGGCUGGACCUGUACCUGAUCCGCAAGCUUCCCGUACCGCCUCCCUUCCCCCCCACACUCUACUCGCAGCGCCAAGCCCAAGUGGGAGUCCUCGUUGCGCCAAGCCCAAGUGGGAGUCCUCGUUGGUGCGAUGGGCUGCACCUCUGCUGCAUGAUGUGGUGGAGCUAGAGCGCAUGGUGGACCCAACCCUGGCUGGACCUGUACCUGAUCCGCAAGCUUCCCGUACCGCCUCCCUUCCCCCCCACACUCUACUCGCAGCGCCAAGCCCAAGUGGGAGUCCUCGUUGCGCCAAGCCCAAGUGGGAGUCCUCGUUGGUGCGAUGGGCUGCACCUCUGCUGCAUGACGUGGUGGAGCUAGAGCGCAUGGUGGACCCAACCCUGGCUGGGCCCGUGCCUGACCCCCUCACUCUCACGCGCUACGCUGAAGUCAUCGCACGAUGCAUCCAGCCUGAGCCGGAGUUCCGCCCGCGCAUGUCCAAGGUGGUCAGGGACCUGUGCCGCAGAAGUGCGGAAGACCCCUGCUGCCACCGUCAGUUGCCUCUCAUCACCUCCCGCUUGACCCUGCUUCCUCCUUCCUUAUUGCCCCCUGCUUCCCCUGUGUGCCUCUUUGCUUCCUCGCAGCCUGAGCCGGAGUUCCGCCCGUGCAUGUCCAAGGUGGUCAGGGACCUGUGCCGCAGAGUGAGGAAGACCCCUGCUGCCACUGCCGCCACCAGCAGCAGCACCAGCACCCAGCUCGGGCCCAACGCACUUUGA